UACAACGAGAAAAAUGCAAACACUGAUUGAUAUUUAAUCGUACGUCUGCAUAGCUUCAAAUUAAUUUAAACUUCAGGUUUAACACCUGUAAUUUUGAGAUAUGUUUUAUUAUGAAACCAACUAAAUAAAACCGGUGGAAAAGAAGGAUUUGUUUGAAAGACUAUUAAUAAAAGUUGUUAUUUAUGCACUGGAGAUUAAAACUUAACUAUAAAAUUACUGUCAGGGUAUAUGAUAAUAAUGUGAACAUGUCAGCAGUGAAUCCAGACUGAUAUAAACGGAAGGAAUGAUGUUAAAUGGAGUGACGACUAGAGCUGAUAAAAAUUUGAACCAUUUCGAAUGAACAAGGUGUUCUAUAGACAAAAAGUAACAAACAAGAUUCAGGGUAUUAAAAAAACAGGGAGCACAAAAUAUGACAUAAUUCAGACAGAGGAUUGAAAUAGUGACAUGAGCAAUCCGGACAGUUCAAAUGACGACACGGAUGGCGCUGUAGACUAUGCAGACGAUACAGACGAUACAGAUGCACUGGUAUAUCUAACAGUUGACGCGGAAGGCAUUGAACAGAUUCAUCUGGUCUACGAAGAUCUAGCCCCUCGAUCAUUAGACAAAUCUCGCAUGCCGAUAGCAGGCUUCUCUUCAGGUGACGUACACUGCUUGAACCGUCCCGGAGGACGACGUGCCAUCCUUAUCAACAACACGAACUUUUCAAUUGCCGAACCUCGAUAUGGAUCUAACGUCGAUGAAUCGACGUUUUGCCAUCGUCUUAAAAACACGCUCGGAUUCUACGUUGAGCGUUAUCAUGAUAUUAGGUGUACCGAAAUGCUGGAUGCAUUUGCAAGGUUUGCAAGUAGAAAAGAUCACGCGACGAUUGACGUAUUUCUAGCAGUAGUCUUUUCACAUGGUAGCGACGGACGAAUAUGCGGUACUGACGGAGAAAUACAUUUGAGCAAGUUGUUUGCCAUGUUUAAUGAACAAAAUUGUCCAGGUCUAAAGGGGAAACCAAAGGUGUUCAUUAUACAGGCUUGUAGAGGAGAGAAAAAAGACUCAGGUGUAAAUGUUUGUGUCAAUUAUGGAAAAAACAAAGCAGUGAAUUUUUUGAGAAGUACACCUGGUAAUCACAAUGUAGAUGCACUUAACGAUGACAAUGUAGAAGAUGAUGUACAUCCAAAUGGCGAUGAUAAUAAUACACCCACUGAAUCAUUUUGUUAUCCCAAUGAUAAUAACAGAGGAGACAGCUACGAGCUUUUUGGCGAUGCUCCAGACGCCAAGGGUAAUAACAGGGACGAUAUUGAUGCCUUUCAUUUUCUAACGGAUCCGGAAUUUCUUAUCUGCUUCUCGUCUGUGGCAGGGUAUUAUUCAUUCAGAAACAAAACAAACGGUUCCUGGUUCAUCCAAGCAUUAAAUAAGUCCAUUGAUGAAAGCCCGCAUAGGUUUGACUUUUUGAAAACGUUGACCAAAGCCAAUAGAAUUUUAUCCUAUAGCUCUCACUUUAUGUCCAAGUCGAAAGACUUUAAACUCGCAGGCAAUAAGCAAGCAGCAUCCUGUAUGUCCACGUUAACCAAGGACUUGAUUUUUGUGAAAGUAUAAGUAUACCAGAUCAUUCUAGUGUUUUGAAUGUCUGAAGCGACGCACAGAAUUGCUUUUUAUGGCUUUAAUAUAUGAAAUAUAUCAGUAUAAAAUCAGUAGGGUAUUUUUUUGCAUUAAGAAAGUCACUUGAUACGAGGAUUUCGUAGUAGAGCUUUCGAUUCUAUGACUUGUUUUUUACCGCGAUAAAUGCAUUUUGUGAUAAAACUUGGGGCUUACAAACGUAAAAAACGUUAAGAGAAGUAAUUUUGGAUAUACAUACAUUUGGAUAAGUUUACAUUACUAAAAGAUACUGGGUUUGGGACAGUGGACAUGACAGAUAUUUGUGGUUGAAUUUAGAUACAAUAAUGAAUCUUACUAUUAUAUCUAUGAUAAAGCAGUUAAAUUAUUUUGAUGAUUGAAUAUGAUUAUGAAAAUUUGUUAUUUUUGUUUUUAC